UUCUAAAGCAAGCGCCAUUGCAUUCUGGACAAAACUCAAGCCCACCAAAGUCCAGGCAAAACUCGCACCCCCGCCGAUCACAAAUCUCUCAAAUUUCCACUAUCUCGAGAGAAUUGUUAAUUAGGCGACUGUCAAAAUCGCAACUCUGUUGUGCCCCAGAGAUUUCUGAUUUCAUUUGAAGAACCGGGAUCGAGAAGGUCGCCUCUACUUUGCUCGAACAGGGGUGUCUCCCAGAUUUUCCGCAUCCUUCUCAUCGACGUUGGUCGUAGUGAUUCUCUAAUUCUAUCGUUGCCAAGUUCCCGAAACUUGCAAGUCUGCGGCGAGAUUCAUUCCACAAUUAGAUGUGAUCGUGGGUUAGAGGAAUUGUUUUCAGUGCGUGGCCACAUCCACCACCUGUUCGAUCAUUUGUCUGAGUGAAGUGGUGGUAUGGAUGAACCCACCGAUCAAGUCUCUGUUUUGAAUGGAGUUUCUUGAAGAUUAGAUUGAGAAUCCGGCUGGUGAGUGGUCCAAGGAUCGAUAGGAGUUGUUAGAGCUAGCUCUUAAUGGCUCGCAGACAUCUGUGGAGCAGCCUCUGCUGGGGAAAGCAUCUUGACGCGCGAAGAAAUGGGUUCGUGCGCCGCAAUGUGAUGUUUUAUCAUAGCUUUGGUGAGACCCGUGGGGUGACUUUGCCCGCCAGAUGGUAUGAGAAGGCGUUUCGCAAAAUGACAAAAUUGAGCGACUGCUUGAAGGAUGUGGAUUCAGUCGACGGACGGCUCGUAAAUGUUAAAGAUGGUUCGAUUGUCAUCGAUGAUCUUAUGGAGCAUAAAGUGCGUACUUUUAAAUCGCUUGCCAGAGCUUUUAUUGGGUCUCCAUCAAUCCAGCAGACGCUGAAGAGAAGUAUUCUGGCAUCUUCAGCGGAUGCAAAGUCAACACCCCAUGUUUGUUUCGGUGAAGUGAGUGAAAGAGAGCCCAUGGUCAUAAGUUCCCUGACUAAGAUAAGCGACAUCCUUAACAUUUCUGCUCAGCAGAGGAAAUCAGUGCGUGUCGCGGUAUGCCCGCAGGUGACACGGCAACAGAUAUGGACCGCUACGCUUGAGGAGGUACUAAAUGGCUUGAAAUAUGAGUUGGAGAUUUUGAAUGGUCGAUGCCCAAGACACGCCACUAAGAUGGGUCAGCAGAUUGUUUCCGUUUGCCUGAAGUUCUUAGAAGAAAAUUUUACUUCCUUUAAUCCCGACUCCUCUUCAUGGAUGCGUGUUUCAGCAGCUGCAAAGGCUGACUCCACUGCCUCAAGAAAGUGGGAAGAUGUACUUGAGAUGUUUGAUCACCUUAUUAGAUGUAUAAAAUAUGAAGAAGAAUUGCUUCUUCAUUUAAAGAAGCUUGAGGCAAUGAAGGAAGGGCUGUCACAAAUCCGUGAUGUGGGAGUUGACAGAUGUAUUGGGUAUAAAGAUGCUCGACACCAGGAAAGUUUAGUGCACAAGAAACUUACCAAGACACUAGGAUACUCAUCCCCAUGCUUGUUUACUCUUCUUUUGUAUUAUCUCUACGGAUAUGUCAGAGACUUGGAGGUAGACCUUUCUGGCGGGAUUUGGGGACACGGUGAAGGUGAAGGUAGCAAACGUUGUUUGCACAUGGGAAGGAUUUUGGCAUCAGAUGAGGAAGAUAUCAUCUGGAAUGGGGUAAAACAUUUACAUAAGGUUCUUGGACUUUUCAAGUUUGUGUGGGAGACAGCAGGAAUGAAAGGAGUCUUGGAAUUGCAAGGCCACUUAUGGUGCAUGGGAGCUGAGGAUCGGACACUAACAUAUAAAGGAAAUCUGUAUGUUAUACACGGAAUCACGUUGUGAUUGUUUGAUCUUACCAUUUCAGUGUUUGAACUCAUUAUUUUUCUAGGCCAUUCAUACUUCUUUAUAUAUUACAAGAGACCAGAGGUAACUCCACUUUGUUGGUCGUUGAAAAGCUGACAAUUUCUCUGGCUGAGUGGGAUGCUUUGUUUUGCUUUGGGGCAGAAAUGACAGCUACAUGGAGUGGGAGAUCGGAAACUUCACCAUCAGCCACAUGGAGAGUAUCAUCAAGGAUUAUGUAAACGAUACUUAAAAUGCAUAUUUCUGGUAGAAUUUUACCCAAAAGCUCUGUCCGCCCAGCAUAAAUGCAAAUGUAAAAGAUUCUUUUCAUGGACGCGCUAAGUUUUGAGGUGUA